UUUGGCCUGGUAUCUUGUUGGAGUUCAAUAUAUAUAGUUCUCCAUCCUCCUUCUUUCCUUUUUGCUUGGCCCAACGACAUGGCUCGUUUUCGAGGGUUUCCAAAGAUGCCACCCAUUGCUGUCCUGGUGUCAAUAACCCUACUGCUGGCUCGUGCCAUGGCGCAGAUUCCUGUCAUCCCUGACCCUUGCGCCGGCUACGACCACCCUCCUACAGGCACCGGCCUCCUCAAUGGCCGCAACGAUUUCCCUCCCGGCUUCGUCUUUGGCACUGCCACUUCUGCUUAUCAGGUCGAAGGUGCAGCCAACACGAGUUGCAGGGGGCCAAGCGUAUGGGACAAAUUCGCCCAUGAAUUCCCAGAGAGAAUUGCUGAUGGAAGUAAUGGAGAUGAGGCCAUUGAUAUGUAUAACCUGUUUCGGGAGGAUAUACAAAGAAUGAAGUAUAUGAAUGUGGAUGCUUACAGGCUCUCCAUCUCCUGGUCUCGGGUUAUCCCAUACGGGAAACGGAGCACAGGGGUGAACCGCAAAGGAAUCCAAUUUUAUCACACGAUUAUUGAUUUGCUCCUAGAAAAUGGUAUCGAGCCUUAUGUCACAAUAUGGCAUUGGGAUACCCCUCAGGCACUCGAAGCCGAGUACGGUGGCUUCUUAAGCUCUAACAUUGUGGAUGACUUUGAAGACUAUUGUGACCUGUUAUUCGAAGAAUACGGUAAAAAGGUAACGAAAUGGAUAACAUUGAACGAACCGGUGACUUACGUGAUGAGAGGGUACGACGAAGGGCUGAUGGCACCGGGGCGCUGCUCGGUGUGGGUUAACCGAGCAUGUCUCGCUGGAAACUCCGGGACCGAGCCUUACAUCGUCACCCACAAUCUCCUUCUCGCUCAUGCCGCUGGUUAUCGGUUGUACCAGCAGAAAUACAAGGCAAGUCAAGGCGGGGAAGUAGGAAUCACCAUUGUUACUUUCUGGUUCGUUCCUUACACCGAUACCCCAGCGGAUAGAGAUGCAGCUAAGAGAUCCAUAGACUUUAUGUUUGGGUGGUACAUGGAUCCCAUAACCUAUGGUCGCUAUCCGCAGAACAUGAUCGACCUCGUCGGAACUCGUCUGCCCACCUUCAACGAUGAGCAAUCCGCAUCGUUGACUGGCUCGUACGACUUUCUGGGGCUUAACUAUUACACCGCCUAUUACUCCAUGAACAACCCCAACUUCGACCCUCAACACCUCGAGUAUCUCAAGGAUUCCCACACAAUUACUACAGCUACUGGGGUUAACGGAAAACUCAUUGGUCCACAGUUGGGUUCGUCUUGGCAGUACCUGUACCCACAAGGGCUUCAAUAUCUUUUGAACUACACCAAAGAUGAAUACAGAAACCCUCAUAUUUACAUCACCGAGAAUGGACUUUCUCAAGAGGACGAUCCCACACAAACAAUCGAGGAAGCGACAAAAGACGACGCCAGGAUACAGUUCUAUGACAGCCACCUCGACAGUGUGCUCCAGUCCAUGACCGGGUACAACGUGAACGUGUCGGGGUUCUUCGCGUGGUCGUUUGCGGACAACUACGAGUGGAACGACGGCUACUCGGUCCGGUUCGGGUUCUACUACAUCGACUACACCGACGGUGAGCUGACCCGCUACCCGAAGAGCUCGGCCUGCUGGUACACCAACUUUCUGAACCGGAACGCUCCCACGGGACAGACCCUGAUCCGCCAGACCCCGAAUAAGCUGGAGGCUCGCCCCGCGGCUCGGCGCUCUGCUGCAGCACUUGGCGGACGUCGUGGUCUCUCCCGUUGGUGAUCAUGAUCUGCCAUCGUGGAGAAAUUAAUAAACGGCCGUCUCGAUCUUAUUUGGGUUAUCCUUCGUUGCAGAGAGAGGGAUGGUCAAUUCAAUUGGUCGUGGUACGGAUUUCCGAUUUGGUGCAAGAAUAAGGAGUGAUGAGGGUUCUGCCCGUGGACUCUGGGGCCUUUUCUGGGCUUCCUUGUCGCGUAGUGUAGUGUUAGAGUUGCGUGUUUUCGCGCCGUGCGUUCUUCCUUCCUGUAAUAGUAAGCUGUGUUGUUUCACUGUUUCUCCAGCAUCGACUUAAUAAAAACUAGCAUUGGGCCCGGCUCGUUGGCCGGGAUUAGCAAAUGUUGUGAUAAUAUUCUAUACGAACGACAUAAAAUGAAGACUAUUUGAUGACCCCUAGAAGGAAGCAACAUUUUGGCUACAUCAUUAACAUAAUCAACCAAGAUGUUCCUGCUACAAUCACACAUAAGCAUACGGUUGGUACCAUCCAUAGAACUAAAACACAGGUCGUGUAGUCAAAAUCUCCAAAGUUAAAUUCAACUAAAGCACAAAUAACCAUUUUAAUUAGAUCACAAUUUCCCUCCACAAUUUUGCACGUUUAAUUCACCUGCUUGUUGUAUUUGUACAUGCUGGGGAGGAGAGACCUACAGCCAGUGUUAUAAUCCCUUGAGGUAUUGCUACAAUAAAUAUACAAACCUAACAAACCGAGAGACUAAAUGCCAUGGGUGGCCUUUGUUGCUUCUUCGUUUCCAUGAGAGCCUUUGAGCCGGCAGAGGAAAAUAUAAUUUUAGAUGAUGAUCAGCCUCUCUUGUGCGGCAAGUGGGGGCAAAGCCGCAAAGGUCGACACUUUGAAGAGGGAAUACAAUAGUUUGUCUCCUUUAACCGAUAAUUGGGGUUUGAAAUUUCAACCUAGGUUUCCUGCAAAAGCCAUAAAGAAUUUUGGUAUCACAAUUGGAGAAUAAUAACUCCAUUUAGCAUUCUAGUGGACCCACCAUUCCCCAUCAACGUGUCUACUCCUCCUUUUGCAUGGCCCCCUAAUUCCUCCUUCCACUGCUUCCCCUGCUUCCUCCGCUUUAAAUUCCACUCUUCGCUAUUAUUGUUGUGUUUGGAUUGCUUAUUUUGCUUUUGAUGGGUUUGAUGCCCAAAUGAAUCUUGCUUAUGUGCAUGUAGGGAACAGAUAUAGAAGUAUGGGAUGAAUCACACAGAAUAUUCAGCUAUGGAUUAGCCUCCUUGAGAAACUGGGGGAAAAUGUGGACACAUAUGAAUAGGUUUAGGAUGGUCCAUACCUUUGGCCUUUGAGAGCAAAUCAGCAAAAACAGAGUCGGUUUUUGAAGGCACAGAGCGAGACAGAGAAGGAUUGUUUCCUCGGCGGUUGGAUUUGGGAGGGAAUUCCGAGGACCGAUGUCGGGAGGCACUGAGCUGGGGCUUGGGGGAAUAAAAACAUACUGAAAGAUAAAUAAGACCAAUAAGUUGCUGUUGCGUGAAUAAAAACAUACUGAAACU